CGGGGGUAGUUUUUUAGAUGGCCGCUCGCCGCUCGCCGCUUUGCUGACUCUUUCCUGCAAUUCCUCCUCCCCUCCACCCCUCCCACGCAACACCACAUCAUGUCCGGUGCCAGGAAUCUCUCCGUCGCUCUUCGACGGGCUCGUGUGCCCAAGCCUCGUUGCUUGUUCCGCCCGGUCGCUGCGGUCCAGACGCCCUCCCUGGCCGCCACUCGCACCUUUACUGUUACCGCCCGCGCCAGUGCGAUCAAAGAGAUUCAGUACACCAGCAACGCCUAUCCCAACCUUAAGCGCGACCCCAACUUUGCCGAAAUUUCCGCCGAGGAUGUGAAAUUCUUUAAGGAGUUGCUGGGAGCGCAAUCUGCUGUGAUCGAUGGAGUCUCCGCCGAUAACGCCGACGAUAUCGAACCCUUCAACAGCGACUGGAUGCGCAAGUACCGCGGGCAAACAAAGUUGGUCCUGAAGCCUCAGACUACCGAGGAGGUUAGCCAGGUGCUGAAGUACUGUAAUGAGAAGAAAUUGGCGGUUGUACCUCAGGGAGGCAAUACGGGUUUGGUUGGAGGCUCCGUGCCGGUUUUCGACGAGAUUGUCAUCAACCUCUCCCGCAUGAACCAGAUUCACUCGUUCGAUCAAGCCUCUGGAGUCUUGGUGGUUGACGCUGGUGUUAUUCUUGAGGUGGCUGAUCAGUACUUGGCUGAACGGAACCACCUGUUCCCGCUGGACCUGGGUGCCAAGGGCUCAUGCCAUGUUGGCGGCAACGUUGCCACCAACGCUGGUGGUCUGCGUCUGCUCCGCUACGGCAGUCUUCACGGUACUGUGCUUGGCCUCGAGGCAGUGCUGGCGGAUGGAACGGUCGUGGAUGCUAUGUCGACCCUGCGCAAGAACAACACCGGUUACGACCUGAAGCAAUUGUUCAUCGGCGCUGAAGGUACUAUUGGCAUCAUUACGAAGGUCUCCAUUCAAUGUCCUUCUCGGCCCAAGGCCGUUAAUGUUGCCUAUUUCGGCCUAGAGAGCUAUGAGCAGGUUCGCAAGGCUUACCAAGAGGCCAAGGGACAUCUGUCCGAGAUCCUCUCCGCUUUCGAGCUAAUGGAUGGGCGCACCCAGAAGCUGGUCCACGAGUCGACUGGCAGCAACUACCCUCUGGAGACUGAAUAUCCUUUCUACUGUUUGGUGGAGACCAGUGGUUCCAAUGCUGAACACGACAUGGCCAAGCUGGAGACCUUCUUGGAACAUGUCAUGGGCGAGGGUAUUGUUGCUGAUGGAGUCUUGGCGCAGGAUGAGACCCAGUUUCAUUCGAUCUGGCGUUGGAGAGAAGGCAUUACAGAGGCUCUGAGCCAUUUGGGUGGCACAUACAAGUAUGACGUCUCCAUUCCACUUCCCGAGCUGUACCAGCUGGUGGAAGAUUGUAAGGAGCGGUUGACAAAACUGGGCUUCGUGGGAGAUGACGAUUCUUUCCCUGUUCGGGCUGUUGUCGGUUAUGGUCACAUGGGUGACUCCAACUUGCACUUGAAUAUUUCCGUUCGCCAGUACAACAAGGAAGUCGAGAAGGCUAUUGAGCCUUGGGUGUAUGAAUGGAUCCAGAAGCGCAAGGGUAGCAUCAGCGCGGAACACGGUUUGGGUCUGGCGAAGAAGGAGUUCAUUGGAUACAGCCAGAACGAGACGAUGGUGAAGUUGAUGAAGCAGUUGAAGAACCUCUAUGACCCGCAUGGUAUUAUGAACCCGUACAAGUAUAUUUAAAUUUAGCGUGCCCUGGCACCCACGCUGUGAAUGUAAAUAUAUUUGCGGAGGGAGGAGGCAGAGUAGGACCAAGUCUAUCGUCUCAGACGAAAUCUAAAAUGCAUUAAUGUGGAUAACCAAAAUUGCUGGAUCAUAUUUCUCCAUACCAAUCAGUCCUGCUGACUCGGAC